AUGUGUGACUUACCGCACUACAGUCUGCUCAGUCAUCUUCAUCAGCUACAGUCUGCACCAGAGUCAUCUUCAUCAUCUACAGUCUGCACCAGAGUCAUCUUCAUCAUCUGCAGUCUGCUCAGAGUCAUCUUCAUCAUCUACAGUCUGCUCAGAGUCAUCUUCAUCAUCUACAGUCUGCUCAGAGUCAUCUUCAUCAUCUGCAGUCUGCUCAGAGUCAUCUUCAUCAUCUGCAGUCUGCUCAGAGUCAUCUUCAUCAUCUACAGUCUGCUCAGAGUCAUCUUCAUCAUCUACAGUCUGCUCAGAGUCAUCUUCAUCAUCUGCAGUCUGCUCAGAGUCAUCUUCAUCAUCUACAGUCUGCUCAGAGUCAUCUUCAUCAUCUACAGUCUGCUCAGAGUCAUCUUCAUCAUCUGCAGUCUGCUCAGAGUCAUCUUCAUCAUCUACAGUCUGCACCAGAGUCAUCUUCAUCAGCUACAGUCUGCUCAGAGUCAUCUUCAUCAUCUACAGUCUGCUCAGAGUCAUCUUCAUCAUCUACAGUCUGCACCAGAGUCAUCUUCAUCAGCUACAGUCUGCUCAGAGUCAUCUUCAUCAUCUACAGUCUGCUCAGAGUCAUCUUCAUCAUCUACAGUCUGCACCAGAGUCAUUUUCAUCAGCUACAGUCUGCUCAGAGUCAUCUUCAUCAUCUACAGUCUGCUCAGAGUCAUCUUCAUCAUCUACAGUCUGCUCAGAGUCAUCUUCAUCAUCUACAGUCUGCUCAGAGUCAUCUUCAUCAUCUACAGUCUGCUCCAGUCAUCUUCAUCAUCUACAGUCUGCUCAGUCAUCUUCAUAAUCUACAGUCUGCACCAGAGUCAUCUUCAUCAUCUACAGUCUGCACCAGAGUCAUCUUCAUCAUCUACAGUCUGCACCAGAGUCAUCUUCAUCAUCUACAGUCUGCUCAGAGUCAUCUUCAUCAUCUACAGUCUGCUCAGAGUCAUCUUCAUCAUCUACAGUCUGCACCAGAGUCAUCUUCAUCAUCUACAAGUCAUCUUCAUCAUCUACAGUCUGCUCAGAGUCAUCUUCAUCAUCUACAGUCUGCUCAAAGUCAUCUUCAUCAUCUACAGUCUGCUCAGAGUCAUCUUCAUCAUCUGCAGUCUGCUCAGAGUCAUCUUCAUCAUCUGCAGUCUGCUCAGAGUCAUCUUCAUCAUCUACAGUCUGCUCAGAGUCAUCUUCAUCAUCUGCAGUCUGCUCAGAGUCAUCUUCAUCAUCUACAGUCUGCACCAGUCAUCUUCAUCAUCUACAGUCUGCUCAGUCAUCUUCAUCAUCUACAGUCUGCUCAGUCAUCUUCAUCAUCUACAGUCUGCACCAGUCAUCUUCAUCAUCUACAAGUCAUCUUCAUCAGCUACAGUCUGCACCAGAGUCAUCUUCAUCAUCUACAGUCUGCUCAGAGUCAUCUUCAUCAGCUACAGUCUGCACCAGAGUCAUCUUCAUCAUCUACAGUCUGCACCAGAGUCAUCUUCAUCAUCUACAGUCUGCACCAGAGUCAUCUUCAUCAUCUACAGUCUGCUCAAAGUCAUCUUCAUCAUCUACAGUCUUCUCAGAGUCAUCUUCAUCAUCUACAGUCUGCUCAGUCAUCUUCAUCAUCUACAGUCUGCACCAGAGUCAUCUUCAUCAUCUACAGUCUGCUCAGUCAUCUUCAUCAUCUACAGUCUGCACCAGAGUCAUCUUCAUCAUCUACAGUCUGCACCAGAGUCAUCUUCAUCAUCUACAGUCUGCUCAGAGUCAUCUUCAUCAUCUACAGUCUGCUCAGUCAUCUUCAUCAUCUACAGUCUGCUCAGAGUCAUCUUCAUCAUCUACAGUCUGCACCAGAGUCAUCUUCAUCAUCUACAGUCUGCACCAGUCAUCUUCAUCAUCUACAGUCUGCUCAGAGUCAUCUUCAUCAUCUACAGUCUGCACCAGAGUCAUCUUCAUCAUCUACAGUCUGCACCAGAGUCAUCUUCAUCAUCUACAGUCUGCUCAGAGUCAUCUUCAUCAGCUACAGUCUGCUCAGAGUCAUCUUCAUCAUCUACAGUCUGCUCAGUCAUCUUCAUCAUCUACAGUCUGCUCAGAGUCAUCUUCAUCAUCUACAGUCUGCACCAGAGUCAUCUUCAUCAUCUACAGUCUGCACCAGUCAUCUUCAUCAUCUACAGUCUGCUCAGAGUCAUCUUCAUCAUCUACAGUCUGCACCAGAGUCAUCUUCAUCAUCUACAGUCUGCACCAGUCAUCUUCAUCAUCUACAGUCUGCUCAGAGUCAUCUUCAUCAGCUACAGUCUGCACCAGUCAUCUUCAUCAUCUGCAGUCUGCUCAGAGUCAUCUUCAUCAUCUACAGUCUGCACCAGAGUCAUCUUCAUCAUCUACAGUCUGCACCAGUCAUCUUCAUCAUCUACAGUCUGCUCAGAGUCAUCUUCAUCAUCUACAGUCUGCACCAGAGUCAUCUUCAUCUUCAUCAUCUACAGUCUGCACCAGAGUCAUCUUCAUCAGCUACAGUCUGCACCAGAGUCAUCUUCAUCUUCAUCAUCUACAGUCUGCACCAGAGUCAUCUUCAUCAUCUACAGUCUGCUCAGAGUCAUCUUCAUCAUCUACAGUCUGCACCAGAGUCAUCUUCAUCAUCUACAAGUCAUCUUCAUCAGCUAUAGUCUGCUCAGAGUCAUCUUCAUCAUCUACAGUCUGCACCAGAGUCAUCUUCAUCAUCUACAGUCUGCACCAGUCAUCUUCAUCAUCUACAGUCUGCUCAGAGUCAUCUUCAUCAGCUACAGUCUGCACCAGUCAUCUUCAUCAUCUGCAGUCUGCUCAGAGUCAUCUUCAUCAUCUACAGUCUGCACCAGAGUCAUCUUCAUCAUCUACAGUCUGCACCAGUCAUCUUCAUCAUCUACAGUCUGCUCAGAGUCAUCUUCAUCAUCUACAGUCUGCACCAGAGUCAUCUUCAUCAUCUACAGUCUGCACCAGAGUCAUCUUCAUCAGCUACAGUCUGCACCAGAGUCAUCUUCAUCUUCAUCAUCUACAGUCUGCACCAGUCAUCUUCAUCAUCUACAGUCUGCUCAGAGUCAUCUUCAUCAUCUACAGUCUGCACCAGAGUCAUCUUCAUCAUCUACAGUCUGCACCAGAGUCAUCUUCAUCAUCUACAGUCUGCACCAGAGUCAUCUUCAUCAUCUACAGUCUGCACCAGAGUCAUCUUCAUCAGCUAUAGUCUGCUCAGUCAUCUUCAUCAUCUACAGUCUGCUCAGAGUCAUCUUCAUCAUCUACAGUCUGCUCAGAGUCAUCUUCAUCAGCUACAUCAUCUUCAUCAUCUACAGUCUGCUCAGAGUCAUCUUCAUCAUCUACAGUCUGCUCAGAGUCAUCUUCAUCAUCUACAGUCUGCUCAGAGUCAUCUUCAUCAUCUACAGUCUGCACCAUAGUCAUCUUCAUCAUCUACAGUCUGCUCAGAGUCAUCUUCAUCAUCUACAGUCUGCUCAGAGUCAUCUUCAUCAUCUACAGUCUGCUCAGAGUCAUCUUCAUCAUCUACAGUCUGCUCAGUCAUCUUCAUCAUCUACAGUCUGCACCAGAGUCAUCUUCAUCAGCUACAGUCUGCUCAGAGUCAUCUUCAUCAUCUACAGUCUGCUCAGUCAUCUUUAUCAUCUACAGUCUGCACCAGUCAUCUUCAUCAUCUACAGUCUGCUCCAGAGUCAUCUUCAUCAUCUACAGUCUGCUCAGAGUCAUCUUCAUCAUCUACAGUCUGCUCCAGAAUCAUCUUCAUCAUCUACAGUCUGCUCAGUCAUCUUCAUCAUCUACAGUCUGCUCAGAGUCAUCUUCAUCAGCUACAGUCUGCUCAGUCAUCUUCAUCAUCUACAGUCUGCACCAGAGUCAUCUUCAUCAUCUACAGUCUGA